ACGGUAGAUGGCGAUGACGAAUUAGAUCUCCGCCAUUUUUAGUUCACUCGGCACUGUCAAUAAACAAACUUAAGACAGACAGUUAAGUUACACGCAGUAAGCAAGACUUUAAAGCAGCACUCGUUAAAAUACAAUAAAAGCUCAUCAUACGGUAUUUAAUUGUAACACACAGAUAACAGGUGAUGAUUAAAUUAUUUUUAUAUAUCUGUGAAUAAUUCCGCUUCUAAAUUAUCUAUUCUUAGUAUUCCAUCUGAUCCAGAUCUCUAGGCUCUAGGCUAAAAAAAUGUUUCAUAGUCACAGUAGACAUUCAACAUUGUUUUGUAGUUGUAGUUGUAUAAGAAGCUAAUUAGGGUCAAUUCUUCUUCUUGUAAGCCACACGCCAAAUUACUUUGUCGAUAGUCUAUUACUACUACUUCUAAUUAAUGCAGUAUUUACGAGAAUUUAAUAUUUAAUUAAGCAUCUGACAUCUUUCUUUACUUUUUUUUUAAAACUGGCUUUAAUCACAUUCACAUACGGCUGUGUAAAGUUAAAGUUUGUUGAAUUUUAAUUUUAAGAUGGUGUCCAGUGUGAAAAUGCAAACCAGCCACUGUUUGUAUUUGACACAUACUCAUACACACAGCCUGUGACACCUGACAGGAUUUCUAAUUUCUAGACACUUGAGUCAACAGUGACAAGAGAUGUAUUAAUUUAAUUAAAUAAUAGUCACAUAGCCUAUUCACUAAUCAGCCUAAUUAAUAAAUGAGAUUGAGAAUACAACAUAGGCUGGCCUACUAAAACAGAUUUAGUUAGAAUCAUCAGUAGGCCUAAAUAUAAAGGCAUUCGAAAUAUAAAUGUCAAAACGGUUCUUAAUCCAGAAAUGUUUUUAGAUAUACUCUUGACAUCAGUUCAGAUCAAACUUAGGACUUAUAUAAUAUAAUGAACUUAAUGGGUUAGGAUUGUUUAGCAGUAAGACUGGCAAUGUUUUCUACUUUAUAUUGCUCAUGUAGGUUCUCCAGGUCAACUACCAGCCAUUUCUUUUGUUCUGUAUUCAAAGGAUUUUGAAUUUUACUUUUGUUUCUAUUUGUUACAAGUUAUUUUUCUCACUUUUUAAAAAAAAAUCUUUUAAGUCCAAGAGGGGUCUGGUGAGGGAGGAAGAAGGUUAUUUUUUUCUUAUUUGUGUUAAUGAAAGUGGGGGUAGUGGUGGUGUGUCUUGCUUCCUGAACCUUUUCUCUUGGUAAAAAACAUACUUUAACUUUAACCAGAUCUUUACUGACUUAUUGUCUUGUGACUCUGAGUGUAAUCUAAUCCCACCAAAUUUUGAAAGCUAAUAUAAGUUAAAGGCAUCAGCUCAUGAAUUUAUUUGUGUAAUUCCUUAUUUAGGCCAAAUCUAUAUAUAAACUAUUAAAUGAAGCCCUCUAAGUAGUCUUAGUCUUUAUACUGUCUUAAUACUGUCAUGAAAAAAUUAAAUUCAAAGUGUUAGUCAAAUUGUUAGUAGGCUGUAGUAAGAGUUACAGUUAAUAAUUACUGAAGAUUAAAAAUUAAAUUGGGAUGUAAAUAUUAGUUGUUUUUUUAAAAUGUGUUUUAAAUCUAAAUUAUUUUUCACCAUCACUAUAGUAGGUACACCAGUACUCACUUAGUCCUUUGGUUGUAUAAAACCAUAAGCUGCACUGGUGAAUUUCUGUAAUGAAUCUACCAUGAUUCCUUCAGUAUAUUUCCUUUUGACUUGGUCGUGUUAAUUCUAAUAAUGUAUAAAUUUUCAACUUUUAACUGUUUUCUUUAAUGGAAAUCCACUACAAGAAUCAUAGAAAUAUAUUAUUUCCUUUCAUAAGCCAAAGUGUACAGAUCAGCAAAGACUGAAAGCAUAUUUUAAAUAAUAUCUUAUUAUCUUAUAAUCCAGAUUUUUAAGCUUUGAGAGGUGAUCCAAAAUUUAAAAAAAAAAAAUGUUUUUGUUAGUAUGUUUUAUGCCUUAAUAGAGGAAAAUAAGAAUUUUUUUGAAAUCCAACAACCUAUACUUAUUACCUGAUAAAUAUAAUUAUUGUUUUAAAUUCUUACAUCAAAAGUACAUUAGUAUGAACAUGAGCUGUUAGAAAAGUAAUAAAUAAGAUGGUUUACUUGCUUUAAUUUUGAAGUAGGGAUUUAAGACAAUGUAUGAAAAUGUGCAGCUUGUUGUUUGUUUAAUUUAAUGUGAGCAUUUACUCUGGUUCUCUAGUCUAUAUGAUUUUUUUUUAAUUAUCAAAUUUGACAUUAAAAGACCUUGGAGAGGGUUGCUUGAUAUAAUAAUUAUUAUAUUCCUCUGCAUAGCUGUGUGACUCACUCAUUGGAUAUUGUCUUAUUUAUUUUGUUUUAAUCAUGAUGAGAAAAAUUGCUAAGAAUAUUAAUCAAAUGUUUUUCAGUUAACUUUUGUUAAAUACUCUUUCUAAACCUUUUCAGAUUGUCCUGUAGCCUAACACCACUAAACAUACACAGGGCAACAUGGCAGCAGGCCCAUACAACUACAGCUAUAUCUUUAAAUAUAUUAUUAUAGGGGAUAUGGGAGUGGGAAAGUCUUGCCUUUUGCAUCAGUUUACAGAGAAAAAAUGUAAGUUGGCAAAAAAAUUACAUUUUUAUUUUAAUUUCUUAAAGUGAAGUUUGAAAUACUGUAGUCAUUGAAUUAUUUUUGUUGAGAUUCAUGUAUUUAUUAUGUUAAAGGUGAUUGUAUCUCUUUGUAGCUAAUAUUUUGGUUACAUUUAUAGUUCGAGGACAUUAUUUGGUUUUUAUAAAUUAUGGAUGAAUAAGACAAUAAUAAAUGUUUUUUUUUUUAAAAUUUACUUUAUAAACAAUGCAGAAUAAUUAAAAUUUCUGUUUCAGUUAUGGCAGACUGUCCGCAUACAAUUGGAGUGGAAUUUGGUACAAGGUAUUAAGAAUGGAACAUGUUGUUUAUUUUACCCCUGAAAGCUCUUUAGAAUUUUACUAAAUACUAGAUUUAUUUUAAAAUUCUGAACAUAAUUAUUGUCAUUUUCUUUCAUUAAUUUGUUUGUAUUCUCCAUUUCUACUUCACAUAUCCAGUUAUUUUUUACAGUAGUUCUGUAUUAAAAAUUUAUCAUGACUGUAGUUAGUACCAGUUAUGCAUUGCAGUUGUUAAGAUAGGAUAGACUCUUUAGUUAAGUACAUUUGCUUUUCAGAAUAAUAGAAGUGGCAUCACAAAAGAUAAAGUUACAGAUCUGGGAUACUGCAGGGCAGGAGAGGUUCCGAGCUGUCACUCGCAGUUACUACCGUGGUGCUGCUGGGGCCCUUAUGGUCUAUGACAUUACAAGGUAAGUAAAUUAUUUAAUAUCAAAUGUAGAUUAUUUAUUGAAAGCUCUUUGUUUUUUGUUUCCUUUAAUUUGUACUUGCAAUCCUUUUCUCCAUUUUUAUGUAGUUUUUUCCUACUUCAGUCAUUUUAAAAAGUUUUUAAAACAGUGUUUCCUCAUUCACAUUUUUUAAUAUUAAUUUCAUCAUAUAAUUUUUUUUGUAAAUGCACAUCACUCUGAUGCAUUGUUAAUAAGUACUACGCAUGGUCAAUUUUUAUGGAGACCAGUAAAAUAGUGUUGGGGAUGACAGAAUUUAUCACUUUCUUUUUUUCUCUGUAUAUUAACUUAACUACCCCAGUACACUUGACUCUUAAAAACUUUUUUUUAAAUUUCUUAACUGUAGACAAGUGUUUUAUUGAUUAUAAUUAUACAUUACUUCUUAAUUUUAAAUUUAAGGCGUAGCACAUAUAACCAUUUAAGCAGCUGGUUGACUGAUGCUAGAAACCUUACAAACCCUAACACCGUGAGUAUAUUAUAUGGGCGGGGAAUGCUUAAUUGAUAGUAACUUAGCAUUAUUGAUGUUUUUGUGUUAUUUAAGAUACAACUUUUUAGCCACGCAAUUUUAUUCUAUUUAAGUAAGUUUUUAUAAAUAUAAAUAGCACUAUUUAAAAUGUAACCUUUGAUCUUUUAAUCUUCGUUUAUUCUCUCACAUACAUUUGCUUUUUUUUUUUUUGUCCUAGGUUAUAUUCCUUAUUGGCAAUAAGUGUGAUUUGGAUGCUCAAAGAGAUGUAACUUAUGAAGAGGCCAAGCAAUUUGCUGAAGAGAAUGGUUAGUUGCCAUUUUUUAAACUAACAAUAAUGUGAAGAUUUUGUUUUCAUUUACUUUGCAUAAAUCAUAACACGGUGAAUCUAAGCAAAUAUAAUUUUCAUGUCUUCAAAAAAAUUUUGUACCAAGCAUCUGGAUGUGAAAUAGGUGUGGAGGGAUUUCAAAUCUCUUAUGCUAUUAUUAUACAACUAGGCGACCCGCGGCAUAGCAUACACCGCAAGCUUGUUGGGGUGUGCGCAUGGCUGGCAAGGGAGUUUGGUUAUAGCCCGCCAAACAUUGGUGACAGCAAUGCGUGAACAUCCCAUCUACUAAAGUCUAAAGCUACUUGACAAAAACGUGGAAUCAAGUUGCGCACAUUUAAGAAAGCCAAUUUUGUGCCCCUCCCCGUCACUGCACACUUUUUAUUUCACGCCCAUGAACUAUAGAAAUAUAGCCGACCCCCGGCUUAGCAUACGAUGACGCAGGCUUGUUGGGGUGAGCGUAUUGUUGAGGAGAGUGUAUGACUACGUUUCCGUCACUGAGAACAACAGAGAGCACGAAGUUAUCACAAUGUUGUGAAACAAAGUUUACAGCCAGCUAGCGAAGUUGAGGAGCAACAGUUUCGUCAAUGAUCUUUUUCCAGAAAUAUGCAACCCAUAGAAAAUAGAAACAAGCAGUUGCCUGAUGCAGGAAUUGGUAUAACUGUGAAUGAAGCGUUGUUUCCAUGAAAUAUACGCGAAGCGGUGGCCUUGUUUGCAAAUAUAAAUAUAGCCGGACCCCCCCUUUUUCAUCAUACCUCACGUCAACCUUUUUAUUUCACGCCGACCCGCGGCUUAGCAUACACCGCAAGCUGGCUGGCAAGCAAGAGUGGCAAGGGAAGGGAGGUGAGGGUUUGCCUGCAUCUUGCUUGAUCUGGCGUAUCUAUAUAUAGCCUGCGUCUUGGUCUUGUUGUUUGCCCUACUUUCUGGCGAAUUAUAUAUAUAGAUUCUGUGACCUUUGUUUUUAAAGUACACCUAAUUAUGCCAUUUUCACUUAACUUAUGUUUACAUUGAAGCAAGAAUAGUGGAAACUACCAAUGGGUAACAUAACUUUGUCAUUUGCAUAUUUUUUUAUAUUCUUAUUCUAACAGGUUUGAUGUUUUUGGAAUGCAGUGCAAAAACGUGAGUCUUGUCCAGCCAAAACUUACACAUUUAAAUGUCAUAUUACCCUGGGUAUUGAAAAAUGUGUACAAUAACUUAAACAUUCACUAUGAAAGAAAUAGUUUCCCUUUAUUUAUUCAGUAAUGUUUAAAAUAUUUUUUCUAAAUCAUCAAAUUAGUGAUGCUUUCACUCUGAAAAUAUAUAUAUAUAUAUAUAUAUAUAUAUAUAUAUAUNAUAUAUAUAUAUAUAUAUAUAUAUAUAUAUUCUGCACUUUUAAAUGUUAUUUCAAAUAAUUUUAACAAAAAGAUCUUAAAAUAUAAAAUAAAAUUAAUUUUAAUUAUCAAUAGUAAAUAUCAUUAGUAUUUUUUCUUGUGACUAUAGUUAUCUUUGAAUUUUUAGGGGUGAAAAUGUUGAAGAUGCCUUUCUGGAUACUGCCAAGAAAAUUUACCAAAACAUUCAAGAUGGCAGGUAAUUUGUGUUUUUUUUUUAGAAAUUGAUUCCAUAUUUGGAAUCUCUUAUGUAUAUUCUGCUUCAUCUUCAAACAUCCCCACCCCCUCCCAGCUGCAUGUUUUAUAUUAUUAGCACUGACUGAAAAAGGGGCGGUCACGCAGCAAGCUUUAUGCUGAAGUCUGAACUCAGGUAAUUAGGUUGAUUUUUUUUUCUUUAGAAAGGAAUUCAAUAUUUUUGGAAGGUAUUGUUAUUUUUGUUAUAAAAUGAAUGACAUUAUCUUCUCUGGCGACAGGGUUUUGUACGUUAUCUCCAUUCCAGGAUCCGGCAACUGCCUGUUCCUAUCAGUGGGUUAUUUCUUGACACAAAUGGUUGACAGCGGCAAUGCACUCUCACUGCAACAAAGGGCAGUAGAGUUCGUUGCAUAUUAUAGAAAAUGAGAAGUUAACUCAUUUUUGUAACACUUGGACCGUUCGGCUAUUUUGAGAAAAUACCCAGUUUAACAAAAACUGCACCCGGUUAAGCUCUAGUUUAAAUUAACCUGGCUAAUUUGAUUUUUGUACAAUCCUUUAUGUUCACUUCAUCCACAUUUUAUACUGACAUAAGAGCUAUUUUGACAUGACUCACUCUAUUUCAUCAAACGUACACAUCAAAGGUUACUUUGUAUAUACAUUAUUCCACCUUGCAUUAAUGUUAAUAUCAAUGCAUUGCUUAGAUUUUUCUAUCAAAUACACUACAUGUAAAAUGAAGUAAACUAUAUCAGAAGUAUGUCACAGAAGUAAAUCAGACUUUAAUUACUAAGCACCAAAUAAAGAAAUCCAGACUUGUAGUGUGACUUGUCACAUCUUUGGAGGUGAAAUAUGUUAUAUCAAAAUGUUAUUAACCCUUACGGUACUGACCUACUUUUUGCUAUUUAUAGCCUCAGGACCAGCAAUCAUUUUGCUUAUUAUUCCCUGUGGCCCAGGGAAUAUUUUGGAAUUAGCCAAAAUUUGAUAGGUGUGCACAUUUAUUUGUAACUUUUUUGUUUUAAACAAUUGAUAAAAUCAUGUAGAGAAUUCUAUCGGCAUCCUUCCGUCUCGUGAGACGAUUGUGCAUCACCGUUGGGUUGGGUUGCAUUUUCUCGAGUGGCUGUGCAGUCCUAUCCUUGAGUGACAGUCUUUACCACAGUUUUUACACACGAGUUCUGUGCUUCCAAAUGUUUUGGCCUUUCUCCUAGUUGCAGCCUCUUCCAUUCUUCGCUCCUCGGCUACCAUGACGCCCUCUUUGACAACUGUGCGCCACGUAGAUCGGUCUUUUGCCUUACACUCCCAGUCACUUGUAUGUAUUUUGGCUGCUUUCAUGUCCCUUUGACAGACAUCUUUAAAUCGCAGACGUGGGCGACCUGUUUUCCUCUUUCUAGCAGCAAGUUCACCAUAUAGGAGGUCUUUCGGAAUGCGGCCGGGACUCAUUCUUUUAACAUGACCUAGCCAUCUCAGGGGUCUUUCACUAAGGAUUGUGAACAUGCUUUGGGUAUUCGCACGCAUUAGGACCUCACUAUUAGUCACUUUUUCUUGCCAUUUAAUACCAAGGAUGCGACGCAGGCAUCUCAUAUGGAAGCUAUUAAACUUGCGCUCUUGGGAUGUAUAGGUGGUCCAAGUCUCGCUCCCGUAUAGUAGUGUACUGAUGACACAAGCUCGAUAGACGCACAGUUUGGUUUUCUCCGUUAGCUUGGUGUUUUGCCAGACCCGUUUAUUUAGUUUAGCCAUUGUGGCAGCUGCCUUGCCGAUUCUGCUGUUAAUUUCUUCUUCAAUGGACAGUGUAUUGGAGACCUUGGACCCCAAGUAGGUGAAGCUGUCCACAACCUCCAAGUUUUCAUUAUCGAUUUUUAUGUUAGGUAGAGGUCGAGUGUCUUGGGCCAUGAUGUUUGUCUUUUUCAAGCUGAUUUGCAGACCAAAUUCUUUGCAGGCAUUGGAGAAGCUUGACACGAGUUGUUGCAACCCAAUUUCUGUGUGUGCUGUUAGUGCCGCAUCAUCCGCAAAUAGUAGCUCGCGAAUUAGGACAUCUGUCGUUUUGGUCUUGGCUCGGAGGCGGGCAGUGUUGAAAAGUCCUCCAUCAGCUCUGGUGUGUAACCAGAUUCCCUCACUGCUAUCCUUGAAUGCGUAUCGAAGUAGUACAGAGAAGAAUAUUGCGAAAAGUGUUGGUGCGAGUACACAACCUUGUUUAACUCCGCUGCUGACUGGAAAGGCUUCUGACUUGGCUCCAUCAAACUGCACUGUACCCUGCAUAUUUUCAUGGAACUCUCUGAUGAUGGCAAGUAGGUGAGGGGGACAGCCGAUUUUUGCCAGUAUUUUGAAUAGCCCGUUGCGACUGACGUAAUCAAAGGCUUUUGUAAGGUCCACAAAGGCAAUGUACAGUGGCAUCUGCUGCUCUCUGCAUUUUUCCUGGAGCUGUCGUAUGGAGAACACCAUGUCUAUGGUAGACCGCCCAGACCGGAAACCGCACUGAGAUUCUGGAUAGACACGGGAUGCUAGACUCUGUAAACGUGUUAGUAUGACACGGGCAAAGGCCUUUCCUACAAUACUAAGGAGUGAAAUGCCGCGAUAAUUAUUGCAAUCACUCCUAUCACCUUUGUUUUUAUAUAGUGUCACUAUAUUUGCAUCCUUUAGGUCUUGGGGGAUGUAGCCCUGUUCCCAGCAGAGGGACAGAAUCUCGUGCAAUGGUUGGAGUAAAGCUAUCUUACCACUCUUUAGAGCCUCUGGUGGUAUUCCAUCAUCCCCAGGCGCUUUUCCACAAGCUAGACUAUCAAUAGCUUUGCUCAGCUCUUCCUGUGAGGGCACGACAUCAAGUUCUUCCAUGAGUGGCAUAUCUGGUAUGUCAUCUAGAGCGGUGCUGGAGACUGUGGUAACUGUUGAAUACAAUUCCAGAUAAUGCUCAACCCACCAUUUUAGCUGUGCUGCCCGGUCUUGGAUAAUUUCUCCAUUUUUGGACUUUAGAGGAGAAACUUUGGACGUCAAGGGGCCGGUUGCCUUUUUGAUGUUUUCGUACAUUGCUUUUGCAUUGCCCAUAUCUGCAGCUGACUGUAUGCUGGAACAGAGGUUAAGCCAGUAGGUAUUGGCGCAAUUACGUGCAACCUUUUGGGCAAGUGACUUGGCUGUUUUUAAGGCAUGCAACCUGUCGGGUGUAGGCUUUUCCUUGUAAGCCGUAAGAGCUUUCCUUUUGGCUUCAGUGACAGGUUUCAUCUCGUCCCAAUGUUCAUCAAACCAGUCCGUGUUUUUGUGAGAUUUUUUGCCAAAGGCCUGUAUUGCGGAUGUAUAGAUUGUGUCUCUGAGAUGCGUCCAUUUCGAGUCAAUGGUGAUGCAUGGGGACAUCCUUGAGAUACCUUCCUUCACCUUGUCUGUGAACAGCUGCAGAAGGUAUUGAUACGUGGACAUCCCUUUUUCUUGGAGUGGUACGAGUUUUUCCUCAUUAUUCGUACCUUGCUGGCGACAAGGGAGUGAUCCGUGUCACAGUCGGCAAAUAAAAAAAGAAAAUUGAUUAUACACAAAAAAUUUUAAUGCAAUGAAAAUCAGAAAAUAUAAAUCAGCCAAUAACAAUCAAACAAUGGCUUAUUUCUUUUGUUUUUUACUUCCACUGGCUUCUGUCUCCUCUCCUUUAUCAUUGGCAUAUGAUUCAUUUGCAUAGGCUCCAAGUUUUUCAUUUCGGGCAGCCGCUUUAAAGUCUUUGAUUUCAUAAUAUAUUUUAAAAAAACAUUGUGGGUAGCAUAGAGGUACUUGACAAUCAGGACACCAAUGGGAAGUCUGGAUUCUCUUAAGUCCCUUUCGGGUUUUUUUUGGUGCAAAUUGCAGACACUCUGCCCAUGUUUUCUCUUGGAUGAUUCACCACUAGGGGGAAUAUAGUUGGAGAAGUGCCUUUCUACUAAGGGUGCUGGAGUUUCAUCACCACCUUCAGCAGAUUGCCUUCUUUGUACCACUCUCAUGUUUACAGUGGUUGCUAAAGCCUUGACAAGCUGUAUUCUAAACUCUGCAUGAGAGAGUUUCCUUUUAUCUGAAGAGAAUUUUUCUACAAAAUGUAGGCAUUGACUACACAAAUGUCCAUUAGGAACAGAGCCAGUUUCCGCCACAAUUUUAAACUUUUUCUAGUAAUUUCAUAGUAUUGAGAAAUUUGGUCAAGUAAAUCAACUCCACCCAUUUUGCUGCAGUAAUCAAUUAUUGCAUCUGGCUUUAUUUUAUCUGGCCUGUUCAGCCUUUUCAUUAUUUUGCCAGUAUCAGAAUGAAUGGUGCUCAACAUGUGGACCGUUCUCUUGUCCUGAAAUUUACGGCAAGCAAAUGAUCUUUUUUCCUUGUAAUAAUUUGCUGCUCUUUAAGCUUAGCCUGACUAAAUAUCUUUGGAAGCCCUUUUCGGUUGCUCCUUACUGUGCCACAGGCAUAGGUAUCUUUUGUUGCCAAAAUUGAUACAUUGGUACAGAUGAAUAAUAGUUGUCCAUAUAAACAUGGUGUCCUUUUCCAAGACAACCACAAAAAUUGAUCCGCCCAACUACUAUUUUUUCAGUGGCUGUAGCUGCUGCACCCAGACCAGCAUCACUAGCAUAAUCAUCAAGGAAUGUUGCUUGAGCAGAAUAAAUCAGUGGUUGUUGCUGCUGCACCCAGACCAGCAUCACUAGCAUAAUCAUCAAGGAAUGUUGCUUGAGCAGAAUAAAUCAGUGGUUGUAGCUGCUGCACCCAGACCAGCAUCACUAGCAUAAUCAUCAAGGAAUGUUGCUUGAGCAGAAUAAAUCAGUGGCUGUAGCUGCUGCACCCAGACCAGCAUCACUAGCAUAAUCAUCAAGGAAUGUUGCUUGAGCAGAAUAAAUCAGUGGUUGUAGCUGCUGCACCCAGACAGCAUCACUAGCAUAAUCAUCAAGGAAUGAUGCUUGAGCAGAAUAAAGGUCAAACCCCAGACAGUAACCUGAAUUGGAUUCGCACAAAGUAUAUAACUUGAUGCCGAACUUAUUAGACUUGUUUGGAUUAUAGACUUUGAAUGACAAACGGCCUUUGAAUGGACAGAUAGCUUCAUCUAUGGCCAAGUCUUGAUCUGGAGAAUAAACAGCUUUAAUUCUUUCCAAACAGAGAUUCAUCAAGGGCCUAAUUUGGAACAAUUUGUCUCUCUCCUCACUUGACUGUUCAUACUCUGCCUCAAUGUCUGACAAGUGGAAAUUGGACAAAAUGACAAAAAAAUGAUUUCUUUGCAUUACAGUUGAAAACCAUGGUGUCUCGGUUGGUCCCCCUGAACACCAGUAGUCUUUUAGGGAAGUUUUUACCACUAGCCCCAUACAUAAUAAAACUGAAAAAAAUGUCUUGAUUUCUUCUUUGGUAACGGGUGUCCAGUCUUCAAGAAACUUACUUUCCCCUUUAUCAGAUGCCAUUGCCUUUACUUCAGCAUACUGAUUUGUUUUGCUGACAAUAAGGUCCCAAAAAUUUUCAUCAAUAAAUAAAGAAAAGAAAUCAAAAGGGGUUAAUGUUAUGUUUAUAGGGGCUAACAGUUGAGAUUGCCCACUGUAAGGAGUUUUAGGAGCCAUGGGGGCCUCUUUGCUCCAUCCCUCCAGUCGAUCUACAUCAACAUCUACAUUCGCACUAGGUCUAAAAUUUGUCAAACAUACAGGCUCCUGUAGGCGUACAUUUUGAGCUGUAGUAGGCCUAUUUCCUUCAACAAUUUCACCCCCCUCUUCCUCAUCAGCAUCAGAAUCAUCUAAUUCCAAUUAAAGGUAAAUAAUAGAAAUAGUUUCAUCAAGUUGUAAGUCAUCAUCAAAACUAGCGCUAGGUACCGCCAUUGCAACAGCAAAUAUAGAUCCGCACAAAAAACUCAGUUAUUGGUCGAUUUUCAUAAUUUAAAAAGCAAAAUAAAAUUCGACUAUUCCCCUAACCAAUAAACAUUCUGCCCGAGACUGCUGUGAAAGGUUAUAUCCUCGUUUCUGUGUUUAUAUUAGUCACCCCUCUAUGUGGCAUAUAGACGCACUUGGGCCAUGGAAAAAAAUGAGCUGGUGAAAAAAGACGCGCCAGGUACUGUAAGAGCUAAACUAUCCUAACCUACCCGCCCCAUUCAAUGUGUGGUAUAAUAAAAGUCACUGCUCUGUCAGCUUCAUUGUGAGGCUCAAUGUGUCCAAACUUACAGGAUACACUAGGAGAGCCUAAUGUAAACAGAUGUGAUGUAACAGGUCACAAAACACUGAUUGAUUAAAAUGGCUAUUUGUAAUAAACUAAGAUAAAAUUUAAUUGAUUCUUAUCUGAUUGAUGUUUUCACACAAAACUCAUAUUAUUGAUGGAAACAAAAUGAAUACAAAAGCUACAUUGCUGUGUAUCUUUUUUUCUUUCCCUCAGUUUGGACUUGAAUGCUGCUGAGUCUGGAGUCCAGCACAAGCCUGCCACACCUCGCAAUCCAAUCAAUACUGAUCAACCCCCUAACAAAGAAGGAUGCGCCUGCUAGAAUAAAAGCGUCUUCACUUACCCAUCAUCCACAUCCACCACCACCACUUAUCACAGUUGUGAUUGUCCUUUGUUCCCCCCACAUCUCAUCAUCAUGGUUGCUUGGAAGUGGUUUUUACUGUCAUUGUAUCUAGUAUGGAAUGCUGUCAAUGUAAGUUGUGGUGUGAAAGACCAAUGUAUACUACUUUAUGUUUAAGUGGCUGUGCUUUGACAAAUUUUGAUUCAGUGAAGGAUUGAAUUUCAAACAAAACAUAUUUAUUAUUACAAUAAUUAUUGUUGCAUUGCUGUUGGUGUGCUUGAAGAGUGUUUAAAGCUGAUGUACUGUCUUUUAUCCCUACAUCUUCACUAAACCAAUGACUCCUUGUUCAAUUAUUUCUAACUUACCUAUGUAAACUUACACAUACAAAAAUUAAAAUGCUUUAAGCAUUACAACACAAUACAUAAUUUUUCAGUCUGUCCAAAAUUGACCUAGCAUUAGUAAGCUAUUAUGGGGUUGUAAUAGUCUGGUGUACAAGUUGACAUUUGAAUGCAUGUUUACAUUUUCAUGACAUCAAUCAUCCAUUAUAGAAAUGGCUGUACAAAAAAUGUUCAUUGCCUGCCCCUAGCUGUCACAUGUAUAUGAAGAAGAGAGAAAAAUAAAUGUACAUUAUCCAAGUCUACUAAAAAAAAAUGAAGCCUGGAGUGGUUUAUUAUCAUUGACUUAUAGUGGGGCAGUAGUAAAGUAUUGCGUUUAAUUCUGUUAAGGGGAAAAAACAUUGAAUGCAAUGUUUUUCCUAUCACUUUUAGAUAGCUUUAAUGUGUCAAUUAUUAUCAGAGGUGGGAAGUGCCUGUACAUGACAGUGACACAAAGACUUGAUCAUUUGAAAAAAGAUGAGUUUUAAAAGAAACAGAUUGGAACCACAGAAAUUUUAACACAAAUUUGUAAUGUUACAUUCCCGUAUCAUAUAAUUAAAAGUCAUUUUUCUUGAAUCACUGCAACUGAAGUUUUUUUGUUUUAAUAAGUCUAUUUCCCAACUGCUUGUCCCAUCAACCGGCACACUAGAACAUGUUUUGUGCAGUAACAAUUAUAGUGUUAUCUCGCUCUUAUUUCAUUCCUAAAUGUUUCACUUUAGAAAAAUUAUUUUUUUUUAAACAAACACUUUUUGCAAUUGUGUGUUGGUCUACCUGCAGCAUAGACCUCGGUAGAACUGGGCCUGGUUGUAUCAGUGACAGGUUAGCUGGUAAGUCUUUGGUAUGUUGAGACAGAAGAUAGAACCAAGCUGACCCUAAAGAUCUUGGUAUAUUGAGACUGUGAAUAGACAAAGCUGAAAGAUCUUGGUAUGCUGAGACUGUCAAUUGAACCAAGCUGACUAAAGAUAUGUUUUUUUUAAAUUUCAAUCAAUUGAAUUGAUGAAUUUAUUUAAUUGUUUUGUUUCCACUGGGAGAGCCAAUGUCUUGUGUAUUUGUUUCUCCUUGGCUUACAUGAGAUUCAUGGACCAUUUGAUCAGAUCAUUUGUGUUGACAAAAAAUUGACAUUGUCUUGUAUUGCAAUUUUCUUGUGACUGUUUUAACUUUAUUUCAAAUGUUGCUUGGCAACAGGGUCUGUUAGUAUAACUCUUUGAUUUUUUAAUAGUGUUAAACUUGGGGAGGAAAGCUCUGUAUGUUUUGUUGUCCAAUGUUAUUUUGUACCUUUAAAGGAUUUGUCAUUUAUCUUCAAUGGAAGCUUUUGAGAUGCACAUACCAGUACUGUUUAUAAUAUUUUAAAAAAAAAAAACUUAAAAAAAAAAAAGUUGUGAUUGAGAAAAAUAAAUGAUCACUGGUGACUUGUAUAUAUAUAUAUUACACUUUAAACUUGGGGAGGAAAGCUUUGUAUUUUUUGUUGUCCAAUGUUAUUUUGUACCUUUAAAGGAUUUGUCAUUUAUCUUAAAUGGAAGCUUUUGAGAUGCACAUAACAAUACUGUUUAUAAUAUUUAAAAAAAAAAAAACUUAAAAAAAAAAAAGUUGUGAUUGAGAAAAAUAAAUGAUCACUGGUGACUUGUAUAUAUAUAUAUUACACACAUAUGUAAUAUGUAACAUACAUGAAGAAUUUGGAUCAGUGCAAUUUUGAACGGUUAUGUUUUCAUUUCUUAUCAGAGCCAUUUGUUGUGUGUGGUGUUGAUAUUCUUGGGAUUUUUCCAUCAUGAGUCAAAACAGAAAAGCUUAUUAAAAUCAAUCAGUUUUACGAUUAGAAGUUGAACAUUCAAAUGCCUAGAAUUGAAACUAAGCUUCUGUCUGGAGUCAUAAAACUAGAGACAAGUUAGGUAAUGGAUGAAAAAUUGCCCUUGAGCAACAAUCACUAACAUUAAUAACAAAAGAUAUAGUUUAAGCAUUCAAUAACUAGAAUUAGAACAAUCAGCUAUCAAUGACUACCUAAAAAGUUUUCUUGAAACAAGAGUAAUCUAAAGGCCUGCUCUUCAGGUAGGUUUUCUUCAUUGUCACCAUAUUAUUUUGUUUCUCAACAUGAAAACAAAAUAAAAAUUGAUUAAUGCACAACUCAAAAAUCCUCCUAACGCUAAACUGAAAGUAUAAAAGUAUAUACAAAAUUAAAUGAGCCAAGUUAUGAGCAGAAUGACCCUCAUGUUUUUUUUAGUUGCUCGUUAGAGUUGAACGUUGAUACAAGCAAGUUGUCUGGUAAUUUUGUAAUGAAAUAUUUCAUUGUAGCUAUGGUAGUUAACACAUUGAUAAAGAAAAUAUAUUUAAUCUAAUACAUACAAUGAUUUGGUCUGAAUAUUGUCAAUCGGUUGGGAAUGAACAGAUCUUAUUAACAAGCACCCUGUUCUGCUUAUUUACAUCCAAUUCAUACAAGUUGAAUGCAUCUCUUUUCUGUGGAAAUUUUGAAAUUUGGUUUAGUUUUAUUUAUAAAUGCAAUGUACGUGAAAUAAAGAUCAGGGUAGAGGGGGGUUAUAAAACUCUUGAAUCAGUUCUCUUUCUCUUUAAAAAUUGUAGCUGAAAACUAGAUCAUGGGAUUUUUUUAAAAGUUAGCUCUUAAGAAUAUAUUUUUUUUUGUAAGUAGAAGUUUUGGUACCACUGCAUCCCUAAUGCAGUGGGGGAGGCAGUAGAAAAUCUGUUAUGAUGCCAGUACCGGUAGUAAUAGUAGUAAGGCAUGUGUCGUCAUCACUUUAUGUGAAAGAUUUGUGUAUCCGCCAUUGAAAUUUUACUAUUAAAAUUUUAAUUUCUUAUUUUGUAAUGAUGUAAAUGGGAACAUUUGAUUUCUUUGUUGUAUAUUUCCUUGAAGUAUUUUAUAGUUUUUUUCUUUAGCUGUAUCUUGAACAAAUUCUGAUAGUUGUUGCCAUUUUAUUGUUUGAUUUGUUUCAGUUACACUUGGUGUAUGAUAAUAAUAACCUUGGUAUUGUGUGGUAAUGGUAUCAGACAUCCUGUAUCCGGGUACCCCUCUCACCAUGCGGACCACAUAAACUGUCAAUAUAUAAUAUAUUUGAUAACUGGUAGUUUUUCAUUUAACUUACCUUUAUUCAAAAUUAUCAGAACCAAUUAAAGAGAAAAUUCAAAGGAAGACCAUUUAAAGAUGUAUUCUGGAAUUUUGUUGUUGUAUUGUUUUAAGUUUGAAAGACAGGUACAGGAACAUACACAUGAAUACAGGAACAUACAUGUGGAGGUUUUGAUUCAAUUUCAAAAGUGUUGGUUUUACUCUUAAAUGGCUUAUAAUUUGUUUUGUUUUUUCAAUACUUGUCACAAUUUAAAGUCACUGAGAUGAAUACCCACAUGCAACAAUAGGAUGUCUCAGAUCUAAGUACCCAUACUGGGAUCAGAUUUUGUGAACUUGAUGGUUAUUACUUUCUUUAAAGUUGGGAUUCCCAACCUGUUACUCUUGCUACUGGCUGCCCCAGGGUUCAAGAAGGCAUUUCAGAGGAUGUCAAGAAAAAUUAUUGUAAAAAGAUAGCAGCCAUUGAUAUUUAAAAAAUUAAAACAUUUGACCUGGCAGCUGUGUGUUCAAGGGAAUCAACAUCUUUAGAAUUAGAUGACAUAAACUAAUGGGCUGGAGUUGAAACCCCUGAGAUAACCAGAGAAAUGAAGCAACACCUGCACUCCAGAUAAAUGGGACUCUUUAUUCUUGGAAGGUCACACAUCUAAGUGAAAGAAAACUGAUUUCAAACCACAGCUACAACAUUCCCAGCAAGCUGAUUUUAGAAACAAUGUUUUAGAGACCCAAGGAGGAAAAACUGAUGUAUCUCCAACCAUAUGUAGAUCACAAAAUGCACCUUCCUGUGAUGCCUUCCACUUCCAGGUACUAGGUGACAGAAUAUCAACAUCAGUAAUUGAAGAGAAACCAUUCAUGGCAAGUGGGAGGUGAUCUUUUACAAAACUAGGAUUGUCUUGAUACCACAAUGCUAAAGCAUGAUUUCAUUGGCAGUCUCGUUAUAAUCAAACACUGAAACACAUAAAACCAGGAUAUUCAAUUUUUGUAGGAUUAUAAUUAUUUUUAUUGAUUGAACUACAUGACUUAAAUUUCUUCCAGAAAAAAUGCAUACUUGUGUGGAUUUAAAACAAAAUGAGGAAAAAAUAGUUUUAUUUUUUGUAUUGAAAUUGAAUGUGCUUUUAGCUCUGGGGAAAAACAUCACAUUUUAUUGUGCCUGCCUUGUCUUAUUCUUGUAAAGCUAAAUAAGAAAUAUUUCUAUUUAAAUGAAUUUAAAAAUAUUGAAUUAUAACCUUUGAAAACUUGAAAUAAGUUUCCCUUCAAAAUUCAGAAUUUCCUGUCUUACACUACCAUCCCCCUUUUUUUUUAAAUCUCCAACUGUCAUUUAGUAGCUUAAGCAUUAGGACAACAUAGUUGUGUCAUAUCAUAGGAUAUUAUUUUUUGUGUGUCUUGACAAUGUAAUUUGAUGACCUUAACAAGAAGUGGUUUAAAAUAAAAAUUUAAAUAUUAUAAAUAUUGAAGAGCCAAAUUGCAGUACAGAUGAAUUUUAGAGAUUUAUAGUUAUAGAAUGAAUUCUCCUUAAACUUAGUCAUUGGCUGUUUCUGAGCUGUCUGGGGCCCCAUUUAAGUACUUUAUACUUGCCAUUGAAAGGCUAAUUUUAAAUAUAUGUUUUGUUUCACAUGCCGAGAUUAUCACUAUACACAGACACUUUUUAACUAUGACAGAUAAUUUUUUAUGAAACAUAAAAAAAAAUUAGAGUAAUUUUAAUUAAUGUAUAUAGGACAAUCAUAUUGAAAUUGAACACUGAGUUAGAAAUAGGUAAAUAGAUCUUUAAGGUAAUACUGCAAUGUGAAAUUUAUUGAAAAGCCUCUUUCUUUAUAUAUUUACAAUGCUUUUGCUGUCUCCUUAUUGACAUCUUAUUAUUUUUCAAAGAAACAUAUAGGAAAUCUAAGUUAAAGGUACAUUUAACACACAAUGAAUUUUAGAUUUUAAAAACAGUUUUACAGAUAUUUUAUGUGAUAAUUUAUUAUAUUGAGACAUUUGAUAGCUUGAAUUGUAAAAUAAAACUACUUUGUUAAAUAAAAGUCUGCUGUAAGUUAUUAAUCCUACGAUUUUGUGUAUAAAUAAAUGAACCUCAGCAAAUGACCAUGUUAAAACCCUUUUAAAAAAUGACAAAAGAAUUUUUAAAGAUUUCAUUGAUUUAAAAUAAUCUGCCAAAUAUUUAGAUAUAUUAUUUUGAAUUACUUUAGAGUGAAAUCUAACUGUUUCACUAACCCUUGUAAAUUUUGCUUUGUACGUUGACAUCAAAUUUUGUUACGCCCUUCUGUACAUUUAGAAAAAUCAUUCAUUGACAUAUAAAUAAUAUACUUAAUACAAUACAAACAUGUUAAACUUAGGGUUGCCAGAUCUUAUGCUUUUCCAGGAAGUUUUG